UUUCAACCACUUUCAUUACACUUUUCUAAUAUAUAUUUUCCCAUGUUCAUGCCUACCCAACUUCUUUUCUUUCUUCUUCACAGAACUCUCCUAAUCUUCUGAUCAUUUUUCACAUAUUAAUCCUACUAAACCCCAUUAAUUCUCCUUGUUUUAAUACUAUGUGUAUGCUUACAGUAUACUAAUUCAAGACUGGCUGAAGAAAUUAACAUGGUAAAUAGAGCCUUCCAACAAUAUUGUUUGGAUGAGAAGAAAAUACAAGAGAUUGUUUCUUUCUUGAAUCAACCUCCCAUUUCAUUGCAUCUCCUUCCUUAAUUACAGGGAAAAUAAUCAUUUCUCCACUCAACGUUUGUUUAGGUUUUUUAUUUUUAUUUUCCGAUCUCCUUGUUUGGGUCAUUGUCUUUUAAUUAGUUUAAUUUUUCCAAAUGGCUACCAAAAUUAAAGGGAUAUAUAAAGGCUUCAAGUUCAUCUCUCAAAUUUUUGUGGUUAAAGAGAGGGAAUUGGAAAUUGGGUUUCCAACAGAUGUGAAGCAUGUGGCACAUAUUGGGUGGGAUGGCAAUUCUGGUACUGCACCCAGUUGGAUGAAUGAAUUCAAAACACCUCCUGAUUUCUCCUCAACAACAUUUGCUAAUUCAAGAGACUCCAAUUCUCUUACUAAUUUCUCCCCAUGGUCCUCUCAAGAUUUCGAUCUCUCUAGUGGAAGUGGACCAAUGUCAACCACUUCAUUGGAUAAUCUUAUCACAUCGUCAAAUGAUCCUCCUAACAUUCCCAAAAAACCUAAGAGAAAAAAGAAAUCGACAUCAUUUUCUUCCUCAUCGAGAUCAUCUCUGGUAUUAAAAUUACCUCAUGACUCAACACAAUCUUACAAGUCUGGAACUUCUGUAAGAACAUGAUUAUAGCUUUGAAAAAUUCUUAGCUAAACCGAGUCUAUGAGAGCGUUCUGCAAUUUCUCAGGAUUUCAUGAAACCGAAAAUGUAAGUAUAGGAUUUUGAGCAUGACUUCAGGAAAUGGUGAAAGAGUGUAAUUAUUCAUUUAUAUAUGCAAGGAAAGAAAUUAAGUUAUUUAAAGGGGGCAAAUUUGAAAAUGAAGAAACAAAACUAUUAGUCAAGGAGGGGGUAUUCUUUUGUUGUUUCUAAUUCUGUAACAAACUCAAUCUUUGUGUUAGUUGAAAUUUUUGCAAAUUAAACGAAAUUGGAUUCAAUAACUAUUUUGGAUA